AUGGUUUCAACUAUUGACAACAACCCUCUGGUUCCGGACUCGAUGCAGACUCGAAAGUCGCUAGGCGACAAUGGACAAGCAGCUAGUCAGGCUCACAGGCUCAACGAUCUGCAGAUGAUAGUUGACAGAAAUGUCGCACCCUCUCCUCAAGCAAUGUGUGCCGAACUUGCCCAUGACCACGCGCUGGAGGACCUCCAUAAGAUUACUGAACACACCUCUGACCCGAGUGACCCAGUGAGGGUAAACUACGCCGACCAUGCCACUCAGUCUGAGCCUCGUAAACCCGAUGAGUAG